CUUCAUCCAGGGGAGCGCACCGGCGACCAGCCCGUCUGCUGCUGCUGCUGCUGCUGCGCGCUUUUCUUUACUUGGAUAGGGGAAAAAUAGUAAAAAAAAAAACAAAAAAAAAAAAACAAAAAGCAAAUAUCAACAGAUUUAAACAAAUUCAGUUUUUUUGUGUGUGUAAUAAUGCAGGAUCCAAGCGCUUUUUUCAGCCCUUUUUGCAGACCGCGAUGUCUGGCGGCGGCGGCUCCGGCUGGAAGAGCGAAACUAACUCAUCCAGGAAAAGCGAUUCUGGCAGGUGGAAUUGCCGGUGGAAUAGAGAUCUGCAUUACUUUCCCCACAGAGUAUGUGAAAACCCAGCUACAGCUGGAUGAGAAGGCCAACCCUCCGAAAUACAAAGGAAUAGGUGACUGCGUGAAGCAAACGGUGCAGAGUCACGGUGUUAAAGGACUGUAUCGAGGACUCAGCUCACUGCUGUAUGGAUCCAUACCAAAAUCUGCAGUCAGGUUUGGGAUGUUUGAGUACCUCAGUAACCGUGCGAAGGAUGAGAAUGGACGACUGGACAGCACCCGUGGCCUGCUCUGUGGGCUCGGAGCUGGUGUCAUGGAGGCAGUGCUUGUGGUCUGCCCCAUGGAAACUGUUAAGGUUAAAUUCAUUCACGACCAGACCUCAGCCAACCCCCAAUACAAGGGCUUCUUCCAUGGAGUCCGAGAAAUUGUCAGGUCUGAAGGACUAAGGGGGACAUAUCAGGGUCUGACUGCGACGGUUCUCAAACAAGGUUCCAAUCAGGCUAUAAGGUUCUUUGUAAUGACGUCCUUGAAGAACUGGUACAAAGGUGAUGACCAAAACAAAUCUAUGAAUCCCAUGGUUACUGGGGCCUUUGGGGCUAUAGCAGGGGCAGCCAGUGUAUUUGGAAACACUCCUCUAGAUGUCAUCAAGACACGAAUGCAGGGCCUGGAAGCUCAUAAAUAUAAAAGCACAUUGGACUGUGCCUUGAAGAUCCUCAAAUAUGAGGGGCUGAAAGCUUUCUACAAGGGAACAGUUCCUAGGCUUGGUCGUGUGUGCCUGGAUGUAGCCAUUGUUUUCAUCAUCUACGAGGAAGUUGUGAAGGCCCUGAAUAUAGUCUGGAAGACAGAGUGAGCAGCAGGAAGUGCAAAGAAGAUGACACAGACACAGAGAGUUUGCAAGUUUGCUUCUGAAUCAGAAAACCAGCUUUUAAGAAGAUUUAGUAGAGAUUAAACUUAGGUCUGUGUUAUAUGUUGACCUCAAAGUCAAAAUACUGAUAGAAAGAGACUGCAGAAAGAGAAGGAGCCUGAGUGGAACCUUUACGCUCUACAUCAAGACUUCUGCCCGCCAAAGUAAAAUAAAAGGGUCCUUUAUAGUUUAUAAUGCAUAUAAGAAUAGAAAAAAAUCACUGUGAAGAAUAUCUUUUUUAUUUACUUCAGAUUUAUUUUAAGGUGAAACCACACAGACAUUUUAAAAGGUAUCUAUACUUCUCUUUCAACAUAACCCAAUCAUAUUUAGGAUGAUGCUCAUCCUGUCAAGGUUUACUACAAGAAUGAAGGUAUUAUUUUGGGCUUUCUUAAGUUAAGCUUUUUUCUCUCUCCAGUUUGCACCCAUAAACACUCAUGGGUAGAUCUUUAAUUAAUAUAAGUUUAUAUACACAAUAUUCCAAUUAUUUUUAUACAGUAUUGUUGUUUUUAAAAGAAUUGCAGUGCAGUUUAAUGUAUAUGUUAAUUGUAUGCCAAAUAUCCAACCUUUAAGCUAAAACAUAAAAUAUUCAAAUUUUUUUAGAGAAAGAGAACAUAUAAUAAAAUUAUUAUUAUUUUUUAUUUAAAGAUUAUUUAAACGAAAGGUAUUUACUGAAAACUAAAAGAUAAAUUAUUUACAGACCAGUUGCUGUUAAUGAGUGCCAAAUGUUUUAAACCUGUCAUACAUUUCUGUGUGAUUAAGCCUUCUGAUUAAAUUUGUUGGAUUUAUCUGAAUAAAAACAAACAUCUCUCCUCAGUUAUUGCUAUUACCGUACUUUAAAACUGAACCCCUGCAGUAGUCACAGUUCCCUCCUCCUUUCAAAUAUUGGCAGCCCUGGUGAAGAUAAGUAAAAAGCCUUAUAUGUAUUCAUCUUUUGUCUCUUAAUAUUUAUUUCACAAUCUCAUAUUGGAUAUAUUUUAAAUUGUCCAACCUUCAGUUUUAGUUUUAACUAAAGCAUGUUUGUUUCUUUUUAUAUGACAACAUAAGUUUAAAUUAAAUUGGGUGUAAAAGUAUGAUCCCGUGGAUGAUUUCUUGUAGCUACUCUUAAAAAUGGGAAAGGCUAGAGAAGACAUGGUGGAAAUUCCAAAGGUUCACGCUGAUUUGUAUCAGUCUGAAAAUGGCAAAUGAUCAAUUUUAGAUAAGCAUCCGUGAAAAACAAAGUCGAAUGAGAACCUUACGGUCUAUUUAAGACUUUUAGAAACAUUUUAACUGGGGAUGCCAUUAACAGUGGAAAGUUUUUUUUAUAGGCCCUUGGUUUUAGCCAGAGGUUAUCUCUAUUGAUUGUGGUGUUUACAUCAACAGGUCAUAAAAAAAUUCCAAUCAUACUUUUAAAUGCUAAGGGAAACCAACCCUCUUGAAAACUCCCACUUCCUCUGAACUAUUCUCAUUGCUUAGAUUUAUCAAUAAAUGAGGAGAGGAAUCAUCAGUACAGAUUUCUUUAUUUUUGUGAAGAAAGCAUUUAUGCAUUGUAUAAACUAGCAUAUAGAGCAUUGUAUUCUCACUCAUGUGCCUUUUGUUGACGUGUUUCUUGCUAAAUUUGUCUGACGUACCUUUAUCAGUUUUACUUGGUCUUUUCAUUGAGAUGUAUCUGGUCCCCUUUUCUGGUUAACAAAACAAUUUCUGUAAAUCUAAUGAUUGUAUGCGAAUGAAAAUUAAUCAAAGUUAAUCUUCAUUUCCUCAUUGAACCCAUCAAAGUGGUUGUAUUCUCUACUGCCAAAUGUUGUCUAAAACAGAAUAUUACUCUGAGAAUAUCAGUAUUUUCUGUAUUGUAUGUUCAGGUGUUUCAGGGCUUUGAGGCUGUUUGUGCAAUAAGUGUUACCUCUAUCUAUUGUCUAUGUUUCAUGUUUUCUGUUUUGUAUAUGGAUAUACAAAUGUAUUAAAAGAAGCAGCUUAAAUUUUCAGCCUAAGCAAACCCUUCCUCAGUUACUUUCCUGGUUUUCUGUGCCUUUGGUUUGGACAGAUGAGGGUUAAACGGUUUCGUUACACACAAAUGUGGGGUGAAUAAACUGUCCGUCUUUUGUGUCUCUUAAAGACAAAUUUUACAUGUUGCUCAAGUAAAAUUUCAGGACGAAUCCAAAACUACGUAGAAAGCAUGUUGGUGUCCAGAGAAAUUGAGGAAAAUUGAAGUUAAAUGAUAGAAAUGUUUAGCAUAGAUUAAUCCAAAAGCACCAAAAGCAUGAGAGAUGUUGAACUUAUAAUAGGCACUUUAAGGUUGUAUUCUCCUUAUUCACACGUAACAGACGUGUAAAUGAACAACACAUAAGUACUAUCUAAACAUGGUAUGUGUGCUACAGUUUA